GGGAGGUCGCGCUCCCCGCCCUUCCGUGCCCGGCACGCGAGCGUGCGCACUCCCACUCUGCUGGCGGAGGUUUUUCUAGGGUCCCUGUUUCUCCGAGCCCGGGUGGGAGCCAGAGACCCGGCUAUAGGUGGGAGGCUGGGGUGGGCCCGCCAUGCGUUGGGGGCUGAGCCCUCGCGGGCCGGGCCCGGCGGCCCUGGCUGCCGCCCGGAGUCUCUGGGGACCUCCCUGCCUUCCCCGUCGCCCGGGAUGGCGGGGGACUACGAGGCGGCUUUUGGUGCGAUCAGUCACCGGGGCCAGUAACCAGCUGCAGAACUCGAGUGAUGGCAGGUAUCGGGACACGGUGCUGCUGCCCCAGACCAGCUUCCCCAUGAAACUGCUGGGCCGCCAGCAACCCGACAUGGAGCUGGAGAUCCAGCAGAAAUGUGGAUUUUCAGAACUGUACUCAUGGCAAAGAGAAAGAAAAGUAAAGACAGAAUUUUGUCUUCAUGAUGGACCUCCUUAUGCAAACGGUGACCCUCAUGUUGGACAUGCUUUAAAUAAGAUUUUGAAAGAUAUAGCCAAUCGAUACCAUAUGAUGAGAGGCUCCAGAAUACAUUUUGUGCCAGGCUGGGAUUGUCAUGGGCUACCCAUUGAAAUAAAAGUACUAUCAGAACUUGGUGGAAAAGCCCAGAAUCUUUCAGCGAUGGAAAUUAGAAAAAAAGCUAGAUCAUUUGCUAAAGCAGCAAUUGAGAAGCAAAAGUCAGCGUUUAUUCGUUGGGGAGUAAUGGCAGAUUGGAAUAAUUGCUACUAUACGUUUGAUGGAAAAUAUGAGGCCAAGCAGUUGAGAAUUUUCUACCAAAUGUAUGACAAGGGCCUGAUUUAUCGAUCUUACAAACCUGUGUUUUGGUCUCCCUCAUCAAGGACCGCACUGGCGGAAGCGGAGCUGGAAUACAAUCCUGAGCAUGUCAGCCGCUCGAUAUACGUAAAAUUCCCUCUCUUGAAACCUGCUCCUAAGCUGGCAUCUCUUCUAGAUGGUUCAUCUCCUGUUAGUUUUUUGGUCUGGACCACUCAGCCUUGGACAAUUCCAGCCAAUCAGGCUAUUUGUUAUAUGCCAGAUGCAAAGUACGCCAUCGUGAAAUGUUCUAAAUCUGGGGACCUCUACGUACUGGCAGCAGAUAAAGCAACAACUGUUGCUUCUGCUUUGGAAACAACAUUUGAGGUUAUUUCAACAUUUUCAGGUGUUGAUUUGGAAAAUGGUACUUGUACUCACCCCUUAAUUCCGGAUAAAGUCUCUCCUCUUUUACCUGCAAAUCACGUGACCAUGGCCAAAGGCACGGGGCUGGUUCACACAGCCCCAGCUCAUGGUAUGGAAGACUACAGUGUAGCUUCCCAGCACAACCUGUCCAUGGAUUGUUUGGUGGAUGAAGAUGGAAUUUUCACAGACGCUGCAGGUCCUGACCUUCGAAAGAAGGCCGUCCUUGAAGAGGGAACAGACGUGGUUAUACAGAUGCUUGAGGCUUCGAAGAAUCUGUUGAAAGAGGAAAAAUUGGCACACAGCUAUCCCUAUGACUGGAGGGCUAAGAAGCCCGUGAUUAUUCGUGCCAGCAAGCAGUGGUUUGUCGAUAUCACGGAUCUGAAGGCUACGGCCAAGGAAUUGUUAAAAAAGGUGAAAUUUAUUCCUGGGUCAGCCCUGAACGCCAUGGUUGACACAAUGGACAGGCGGCCAUAUUGGUGUAUAUCAAGGCAGAGAGCUUGGGGUGUUCCGAUUCCGGUGUUCCAUCACAAGACCAAAGAUGAGCUCUUGAUCAACAGCCAAACCAUUGAGCACAUUGUUAAACUCGUGGAAGAACAUGGCAGUGAUGUCUGGUGGACUCUCCCCCCGGAGCAGCUUCUCCCUAAAGAAGUCCUCGCUCAGGUUGGUGGUGCCGAUGCCUUGGAGUUCGUGCCGGGUCGGGAUAUUUUGGACAUCUGGUUUGACAGUGGAACGUCGUGGUCUUAUGUCCUCCCAGGUCCAGACCAAACGGCAGAUUUAUACUUGGAAGGAAAAGACCAGCUGGGCGGUUGGUUUCAGUCCUCCCUGUUAACAAGUGUGGCAGCGAGGAAGAAAGCCCCUUUUAAGACCGUGGUGGUUCAUGGGUUCACCCUUGGAGAAAAGGGAGAAAAGAUGUCUAAGUCUCUUGGGAACGUCAUUGAUCCCGAUGCUGUCAUCAACGGAGGACAGGAUCAAAACAAGGAGCCUCCUUACGGUGCUGAUGUCCUUCGCUGGUGGGUGGCCGAGUCCAAUGUCUUCACUGAAGUGACCAUUGGUCCGUCUGCACUCAGUGCGGCCAGAGAUGAUAUUAGCAAGCUUAGGAAUACACUACGCUUUCUUUUGGGAAAUGUGGCCGGUUUCAACCCAGAGACAGAUUCUGUGCCUGUUAACAACAUGUAUGUCAUAGACCAGUACAUGCUGCACUUACUGCAGGACUUAGCAAGCAAGAUAACCGAUUCAUACAAGCAGUACGAUUUUGGAAGAGUCGUUCGGCUGUUGCGAGCCUUUUACACCAGAGAACUUUCUAACUUUUAUUUCAGCAUAAUCAAAGAUAGGCUUUACUGUGAGAAGGCAAGCGAUCCCAGACGACGCUCCUGUCAGACCGCACUGGCUGAAAUUCUGGAUGUGAUGGUUCGUUCUUUUGCGCCCAUUCUUCCACACUUGGCCGAGGAGGUAUUCCAGCACAUACCUUACUCUAAAGAACCCAGGAGUGUUUUUCGUACCGGGUGGAUUAACACGAAUUCCAUCUGGAAGAAGCCCGGGCUGGAGGAGGCGGUGGAGAGUGCGUGCGCCAUGAGAGACGCGUUUCUCAGGAGCAUCCCGGGCAGAAACGCCGCCGAGUACGAGGUCACCAUCGUCAUAGAGCCCGGACUGCUCUUUGAGAUAAUAGAGAUGCUGCAAGCUGAGGAGACUUCCAGCACCUCCCAGCUGAACGAGCUCAUGAUGUCUUCCCAGACCACUCUGCUCCCCCAGGAGCCACAGGUGAUGGCUGCAGGUGCCACCGAGCACACGGGGACCUUCCUCAUCAACCUGGAAGGUGGUGAUAUUCGUGAAGAGUCUUCCUAUAAAGUAAUCGUCGCGCCAACUACCAAAGAGAAGUGCCCUCGUUGUUGGAAACACACAGCUGAGUCUUCAGAUACGCUCUGUGCCCGGUGUGCAGAAGUCGUGCGUGAGAAGUAGCGCCUCCCUCUGGUGCUGACCGCCGCUCUGGCAAGACCCCAGCAGUUCUAAGCGCAGCUUGGGCGGAUUGUUCACCACGCUGGAAGGGAAUCCCAACUUGGGCCAUGAGUAGAGAGCAAGUGGUGGAGGCUGAGAGAGUGAGAGUUCUAAGUUUUUCCUGUAACUACGUGAACAUAAUGUGUAUAUAUACGUGCAGAAAUACAUACACGCGGGUGGGUACUGCUCUGUCCGUGGACCCAUACAGAACACAGCAUACACUGAAUACACUCACUGUCUGGUGUGGCUGAGCAGGGAACGUUUUAUAUUUUAUCAGCCCUUUCUUUUUGGCUCAGUAUUUAAGUUCUAUGAUGUCUACAAAUAAAGGCAUUUGGGAAAAUUA